AUGCCAGACGAGAUCUUCACAACUUUACUGGAGUUAAUUAAAAGAAUGUUGCCUGAAGGGGAUUAUUUGCCUGAAUCUUGUUAUAAGGCAAAAAAACUUAUAAUCGACUUGGGUCUGACAUAUGUGAAAAUUGAUGCAUGCCCCAAUGAUUGCAUGAUCGAUUGGAAAGAUACUUCGGAUUUGACGUGUGCUCGGUUUGUGGUGAAUCAAGAUAUAAAAUUACCAACACAGCGGAUAGGACCGCGCAGUCCGGGUAAAGAGAUUGAUGUAUACAUGCGUCCACUGAUUGACGAGUUGAAUGAGUUGUGGGAGGUGGGCACUCCAACUUAUAAUGGAUGGAGUACACAUGGCUAUAAAGCCUGUCCACAUUGCAUGCAUGAUAAAGAAUCUAUUUACUUGCCGGCGAGUCGUAAAAUUUGUUAUAUGGGGCAUCGACGCUUUCUUGAAGAUAAUCAUAGGUUUCGAAGGCAAACCACAGCUUUUAAUGGUCGUCAAAAGCAUCGUAAUGCACCAAGGCAGUGGACUGGUUUACAAUGUCUUGAAGAACUUUGUACAUUGAGAUUUACUUUUGGAAAACCAAAGAAAAAUGCUUCAGUUGGGCAACGCAGAAAAAAAACUUCGAGCAGUACAAGUGGUAACAGUCAGUGGAAGAAGAAAUCUAUUUUUUAUGAACUACCUUAUUGGAGGCAUCUGUUGAUUAGACACAAUCUUGAUGUUAUGCAUAUCGAGAAGAAUAUAUGUGACAGUGUGGUGGGAACAUUGCUAGGUAUAGAAAAGUCUAAAGAUGGAUUGGUUGCACGUGCAGAUCUUGAAGUCUUGAACAUAAGACGCAGUCAACACCCACGUAGAGAAGGAAAUAGAACAUUUCUACCUCCAGCUUUGUUCACGUUGAAAAGAGAAGAAAAAACUGCGUUUUGCAAUGUGUUGUCUACUAUUCGGGUCCCCGAUGGAUAUUCAUCAAAUUUAUCGCGAUGUGUGCACGUGAAUGAACGAAAAAUACAUGGGUUGAAAAGUCAUGAUUGCCAUGUUUUAAUGCAGCAGUUACUCCCGUUUGCAAUACGCCCGGUUUUGCCUAAAGAUGUUACUAUGGUAUUAUUAGAGUUGAGUGCAAUUUUCAGACAGUUGUGUAGUAAGGAGUCUGAGGAAGGAUUCAAGGAACUGAGUUCAAGAAUUGCCUUGACAUUAUGUCAACUUGAAAAAAUAUUUCCUCCUGCAUUUUUUGAUAUAAUGGUGCACCUUCCAGUUCACUUGGCAGAUGAAGCAGCUCUUACAGGGCAUGUUCCUUAUAGAUGGAUGUAUCCAAUUGAACGGUAUUUGCAAACGUUGAAGCGCUAUGUUCGUAAUAAGGGUCGUCCUAAAGGUUCUAUUGCUGAAGCAUAUUUGGUGGAUGAGUGCUUGUCCUUCUAUUCCAUGUAUUUUAGAGGUUCAGGACAACAUGUGGAGCUCGAUCUAAAUGUUCUUGAUCAGUGCCAUAGAUACAUUCUAAAUAAUUGUGAUGAAGUGAACCCAUUUAGAAGCCAACAUGAGGAAUUCUUGAAAACUAAACAUCGUCGAGAAAGGUUAACUAUGCAACAAAUUAAGGAGCUAAGCAAGAAAGAAUUUCCAAAAUGGUUCAAGCAACAUAUGAAUUCAAGCUAUCAUGCUAAUGACACGUUGAUAUCUCAAGACUUGCAUUGGCUAGCUAAUUAUCCUAGUAGGGUUGUGAGUAGAUAUAAAAGUCACAUUGUUCAUGGGUUUAGAUUUCGUAUAAAAUUAGUGGAUGAUAAGCAUAAGAAUCAAAAUUGUGGUGUCUUUGUACCUGCAAAUGUUCCUGGAGCAAUUAGGCAAGUGAAUUGUUAUGGCAGAGUUGUAGAUAUGUUCGAGGUUAAAUAUUGUGGUCCUACUGAGGCAGGAGAUAGGGGUCGAGCUGUGAUGUUAUUUAAGUGCGAAUGGGUUAAUAGUGAAAGUCCACGAGGAAUGAUGACCGAUCAAUAUGGAUUUACUAGGGUGAAUUUCAAUCAAUUGGGAUUUAAAGAGGAUCCUUUCAUACUAGCAUCACAAGCAUUACAAGCAUUUACGUGGAGGACACAAUUGAAAAAGAUUGGCACGUAG